ACUUUUGUAUUUGUUGUUGUCUGCAUCUUUUUCACACACAGAAAAACAAGAUUGUCUACAUAGAGGGGAUCUUGAGGAUGCGCAACUAUUCAAGAAUGGGGACAUUAUGUUGGGGGGAGUCUUCUCAUUCCACAGCAGCUGGAGGAAUAUUCAAGAGAAUUAUGAACAGAAACCUCAACAACUUCAAUGCACCAGUUUAAAUUUCAGAGACUUCCAGUUUGCACAGGCCAUGCUCUUUGCCAUCGAGGAAAUUAAUAACAGCACAGAGCUCCUGCCAGAAAUUACUCUGGGCUAUAAAAUGUAUGAUGCUUGUGGUUUUAUUGCCAGAAGUGUAAAAGUUGCAUUGGUCUUACUGAAUGGUAAUGAGAUUAAAGCUUCAUCUUCAAAGGCAUGUACAAGACCUGCAGAAGUACAGGUGAUAAUGGGAGAAACCUCUUCCUCUCCUAGCGCAGCCAUUGCCACUGCUGUUGGACCCUUCCGGAUACCGAUGAUUUUACAGCAAAUACAGAGGAUUCACUUCAAAACAAAGGAAGGAGAUGAAGUUUACUUUAAUGAGAAAGGAGAUCCACCAGCAAAGUAUGAUAUUAUUAAUUGGCAACGGGGGGAAAAUGGCAUGUUGAACUUUGCAGUUGUUGGUCUUUAUGAUGCAUCAUUACCAGCUGAUAAACAACUAAAUGUGAAUAUUAGUUCAAUCAUUUGGUCAAAAAACAUGCUGCAGGUUCCUGUUUCAGUUUGCAGCGAAAAAUGUCCACCAGGAACACAAAAAGUUUUGCAGAAGGGAAGGCCUAUUUGCUGCUUUGACUGUAUAAGGUGUGCAGAAGGAGAAAUUAGUGACAGCAUGGAUUCUGUCACCUGUGUGAGAUGCCCCCUUGAAUCCUGGUCAAAUGAAAAUCGAAAUGCCUGUGUAAAGAAGAACAUAGAGUUUCUUUCGUUUAAGGAAAUCAUGGGAGGAUUGCUCACAGGAGCCUCUUUAUGUGGUGCAUGUAUGACUGUCAUUGUUGCAGUCAUUUUUGUUAAAUAUCGAAAAACUCCUCUGGUGAGGGCAAACAACUCUGAGCUAAGCUUUCUAUUGCUUUUUUCCCUAAAGCUGUGUUUCCUCUGCUCUCUGACUUUCAUUGGCCAACCAUCUGAGUGGUCCUGCAUGCUGCGUCACACAGCAUUUGGCAUCACUUUUGUCCUUUGCAUAUCAUGUGUACUGGGGAAAACCAUAGUGGUUUUAAUGGCUUUUAAAGCUACAAUUCCAGGGAGAAAUGUGAUGAAAUGGUUUGGACCUAUACAGCAAAGACUCAGUGUUCUGGGAUUCACUCUUGUACAAGUCAUUAUAUGUAUCAUCUGGUUAACUAAUUCUCCUCCUUUCCCUUCCAAGAACUUUAAGGAAUUCAAUGACAAAAUAAUCUUAGAGUGUUCUCUGGGAUCAGCUGUGGGCUUCUGGGCUGUCCUUGGGUACAUAGGAUUUCUUGCCAUGUUGUGUUUUAUGUGUGUGUUUCUGGCUCGGAAACUUCCUGAUAAUUUUAAUGAAGCCAAAUUUAUCACCUUCAGCAUGCUGAUAUUCUGUGCCGUAUGGAUAACUUUUAUUCCAGCAUAUGUCAGCUCUCCUGGGAAGUUCAGUGUUGCUGUUGAAAUUUUUGCUAUUCUUGCCUCUAGUUUUGGAUUAUUGAUUUGUAUCUUUUUUCCAAAAUGUUACGUCAUAGUCAUGAAACCAGAAAAAAAUACAAAAAGGAAUAUGAUAGGGAAGGGUGCCACAAAUAAUUUCUAA